AUUUACACAGACUGGGCUAACCACUACCUAGCAAAAUCUGGCCACAAGCGGUUGAUCAAGGAUUUGCAACAGGACAUUGCAGAUGGAGUUCUGCUAGCAGAAAUCAUCCAGAUCAUCGCAAAUGAAAAGGUUGAAGAUAUCAAUGGCUGUCCCCGGAGCCAGUCUCAAAUGAUUGAGAAUGUUGAUGUCUGCCUUAGCUUUCUGGCAGCCAGAGGCGUAAAUGUCCAAGGUCUUUCUGCAGAAGAAAUAAGGAAUGGAAAUUUGAAAGCCAUUUUAGGGCUGUUUUUCAGUUUGUCUCGGUACAAACAGCAGCAACAUCAUCAGCAACAGUACUACCAGUCUUUGGUGGAGCUACAACAGCAAGUCCCUUCAACCCCAGCUGAAAUCAGCCAGUCUAAAACACACCAAGAUAUGCAGUCAAGUCUCACAGCCAGAUAUGCAACUCAGUCUAAUCACAGUGGAAUUGCAACCAGUCAAAAAAAGGCUUCUAGACUUCCAGGACCCUCAAGGGUGCCAGCUGCAGGCAGCAGUACCAAAGUCCAGGGAGCUUCCAAUUUAAAUCGAAGAAGUCAGAGCUUUAACAGCAUUGACAAAAACAAGCCUCCACAAUAUGCAAAUGGAAAUGAAAAAGCAGAUUCACCAAAAGGCCCUCAGCCAUCUGCAGGCAUGAAUGGAAAUGUGCAGCAUCCCACCAGCACUGGGCAGCAGCAGGUCUCUGCCAUACCCUCUCCAAGUGCCAGCAAGCCUUGGCGCAGCAAAUCCAUGAAUGUCAAACACAGUGCAACCUCUACCAUGCUGUCUGUGAAGCAGCCUAGUCCUGCAACCUCCCCUACUCCAACUUCAGAUAGGCUCAAGCCACCCCCUUCUGAAGUUGUGAAGCCCCCUUCAUCUGGACAAAAAUCUAUGCUGGAAAAAUUCAAGCUGGUUAAUGCUAGGACUGCUCUGAGACCUCCUUUGUCACUGAGCUCAGGACCCAGUGACAGUGGGAGAGAGGAUGAUACCUUUUCAGAGUGUGGUGAAAUGGAUGUCUUAAGUGGUGGGGUGAACAGCGGUGGCUCCACAAGUAGCAGUCCUAAAGUAUCACCGAAGUUAACCCCUCCGAAAGCUGGCAGCAAAAAUCUCAGCAAUAAAAAGUCUUUGCUACAGCCAAAGGACAAAGAGGAAAAGAACAGGGACAAAAACAAAGUUUGCACUGAGAAAGUAGUCAAGGAAGAGAAGGAUCAGGUGACUGAAACAUCUACAAAGAAGAGUUCAAAAAUUGCAAGCUUAAUUCCAAAGGGAAGCAAGGCAACAACAGCGAAGAAGGAAAGUUUAAUAUCAUCUUCUAGUGGGAUUCCAAAACCUGGAUCAAAGGUGCCAACAGCAAAGCAGAGCACUUCCUCCACAUGUACAGGAAGUAAGGAGGCUGAAAAACUGAGGACUACAAAAGGAAACCAGUCCCAGUCAACAACAAAAUCUCAGUUUAGUGAGAAGUCUUCUCCUUCCUCUGGUCUUGCUUCUUCUGAAGGGAAAGAACCAAGUGCAGUUCUUACUGCAGGAUCCUCCACAGCUCUGUCAGCCUCGAUGGGUGCAAGCAGCGGCCAAGGCACAGGAAAUGGUGUUGUCCAGCUUCCUCAGCAACAGCAAUAUAGCCAUCCCAACACUGCCACAGUAGCUCCUUUCAUUUAUAGAACUCUCUCAGAAAAUGACAGUACCUCUUUACCACCUGCUGACUCCUGCACCAGUCCUACUAAAAUGGAUUUGUCAUUUAGUAAGACUGCCAAACAGUGCCUAGAAGAGAUAUCUGGGGAAGACCCUGAAACAAGAAGAAUGAGAACUGUAAAGAAUAUAGCAGACCUGAGACAGAAUUUGGAAGAAACUAUGUCCAGCCUUAGAGGGACCCAGAUAAGUCACAGCACAUUGGAGACAACUUUUGACAGCACUGUGACAACUGAAGUGAAUGGGAGAAACAUACCGAGCUUGUCAAGCCGAUCGACCCCAGUGACUUGGAGGCUAGGGCAGGCCAGUCCUCGGCUGCAGGCAGGAGAUGCCCCGUCCUUGGGUGCUGGUUAUCCUCGUAGCAGUGCGAGUCGCUUCAUACACACAGAUCCUUCUCGUUUCAUGUAUACCACCCCUCUUCGCCGAGCAGCUGUUUCUCGCCUUGGAAAUAUCUCACAGUUCGACAUGAGUGAGAAGGGAAGUGGUGAUUUGGACAUAUCCUCUGAAGCUGACGUUGGUGGCUAUAUGAGUGAUGGGGACAUUCUUGGAAAAAGCCUCAGGACUGAUGACAUCAAUAGUGGGUACAUGACAGAUGGAGGACUCAACCUAUAUACAAGAAGUCUGAACCGAAUACCAGACCUGGCUGCCUCUCGAGACGUCAUUCAGAGGGGGGUUCAUGAUGUGACUGUGGAUGCAGACAGCUGGGAUGACAGCAGCUCAGUUAGUAGUGGUCUCAGUGAUACUCUUGACAACCUCAGCACGGAUGAUUUGAAUACCACCUCAUCUGUCAGCUCUUAUUCCAAUAUAACAGCCUCUUCAAGGAAGAACACUCAUGCCCAGCUGAAGACGGACUCAGAGAAGCGCUCAGUUACAGACAGUGAAACUUGGGGCAGCACUGAAGAACUGAAGAAACCAGAGGAAGACUUUGACAGCAGCGUAGACAGCAGUGGCAAGUGGAAAGGCCUUCCCUCGGGGCUGUCUGAAGAGUCAGAGAAGGGUGGGCAGAAAGCAUCUCUCUCUGUAUCACAGACCGGAUCCUGGAGGAGAGGCAUGACUGCACAAGUAGGAACAACUCAGUCCAGGCACAAAGCAGGAACAAGUGCACUCAAGACCCCAGGAAAAACUGAUGAUGCAAAAGCUUCAGAAAAAGUGAAAACUCCUCUGAAAGGAGCCUCCAUUCAGCGCUCUUCAUCAGAUGCAGGAAAAAGCAGUGGUGAUGAAGGAAAAAAGCCUCCUUCUGGCAUUGGGAGGUCAACUGCCACAGGGUCAUUUGGAUUCAAGAAGUCCGGGUUGGGAUCUUCUACCAUAAUCACAACAAGUGGAGCCACCAUCACAAGUGGGUCAGCAACUCUAGGAAAAAUGCCAAAAUCUUCAGCCAUCAGUGGGAAGUCCAACGCAGGCCGGAAAACGAGCUUAGAUGGUUCCCAGAAUCAGGAUGAUGGUGUCCUGCAUGUGAGCUCAAAGACGACGCUGCAGUAUCGAAGUUUGCCUCGUCCAUCAAAAUCCAGUGGCAGUGGGAUCCCUGGCAGGGGAGGCCACCGCUCCAGCACCAGCAGCAUCGACUCCAACGUCAGCAGCAAGUCUGCGGGUGCUGCCGCCACCAAACUGCGAGAGCCAAGCAAGAUCGGGUCCGGGAGGUCCAGCCCUGUAACCAUCAACCAGACGGACAAGGAAAAAGAGAAAGUUGCGGUGUCUGAUUCUGAAAGUGUGUCACUGUCCAGUUCCCCUAAAUCCAGCCCAACUUCAGCGAGUGCCUCCGGCACGCCAGGACUAAGACAGCCAGGAUCCAAAUACCCAGAUAUUGCUUCCCCCACAUUUCGAAGGUUGUUUGGUGCCAAGGCAAGUGGUAAAGCUGCCUCUGCACCCAGUACUGAAGGUGUGAAACCCACAUCGGCAAUGCCCAGCCCUAGUACCACAUUGGCACGGCAAGGCAGCCUGGAAUCGCCAUCCUCGGGCACAGGCAGCAUGGGCAGUGCAGGUGGGCAAAGUGGUAGCAGCAGCCCCCUCUUCAGUAAACCUUCGGACUUAAAUGCAGAUGUUGUAAGCUUAAGUCACUCCUUGGCUUCCAGUCCUGCCUCAGUGCACUCUUUCACAUCAGGUGGUCUUGUGUGGGCUGCAAACCUGAGCAGCUCUUCAGCGGGCAGUAAGGACACACCAAGUUACCAGUCCAUGACUAGCCUUCACACCAGUUCCGAGUCUAUUGACCUUCCUCUUAGCCAUCAUGGCUCUCUCUCUGGACUGACAACAAGCACUCAGGAGGUUCAGAGCCUGCUCAUGAGGACUGGAAGCGUCAGAUCUACUCUUUCGGAAAGCAUGCAGCUUGACAGAAAUACACUACCCAAAAAGGGAUUAAGAUAUACACCAUCAUCCCGGCAGACGAGUCAGGAAGAAGGCAAGGAAUGGCUACGCUCCCAUUCAACUGGAGGCUUGCAAGACACUGGCAGUCAGUCCCCGCUUGUUUCUCCUUCAGCUAUGUCUUCAUCUGCAACUGGAAAAUAUCACUUUUCCAACCUGGUGAGUCCAACCAACCUGUCACAGUUUAACCUUCCUGGACCCAGCAUGAUGCGUUCAAACAGCAACCCUGCACAAGACACUUCUUUUGAUCUAUAUGAUGACUCCCAACUGUGUGGCAGUGCUACUUCCUUAGAAGAGAGACCACGAGCGAUUAGUCAUUCAGGUUCAUUUAGGGACAGCAUGGAAGAAGUACAUGGGUCCUCAUUAUCACUUGUCUCCAGCACAUCCUCUCUCUACUCUACGGCAGAAGAAAAGGCACAUUCAGAGCAAAUUCAGAAACUACGGAGAGAGCUUGUUGCAUCACAAGAGAAAGUUGCUACCCUUACUUCUCAACUUUCAGCAAAUGCUCACCUAGUAGCAGCUUUUGAAAAAAGCUUGGGAAAUAUGACAGGCCGAUUGCAGAGUCUAACAAUGACAGCUGAACAAAAGGAAUCUGAGCUUAUAGAACUAAGGGAAACCAUUGAAAUGCUGAAAGCCCAGAAUUCUGCUGCACAAGCAGCUAUUCAAGGAGCCUUGAAUGGUCCUGAUCAUACCCACAAAGAUUUACGUAUAAGGCGGCAACAUUCUUCAGAAAGUGUUUCCAGUAUCAACAGUGCUACAAGUCACUCAAGCAUUGGCAGUGGUAAUGACGCUGACUCCAAGAAAAAGAAAAAGAAAAAUUGGGUGAACUCUAGAGGAAGUGAGCUAAGAAGCUCUUUCAAACAGGCCUUUGGAAAGAAAAAGUCCUCCAAACCUCCUUCCUCACAUUCGGACAUAGAAGAGCUGACAGACUCCUCACUUCCUUCCUCACCUAAAUUGCCCCACAGCUCAGGAGAAUGUGGCACAACAUCAAUGAAACCAUCACAGUCAGCCUCUGCGAUCUGUGAGUGCACAGAGGCAGAGGCUGAAAUUAUUCUUCAGCUAAAAAGUGAGCUGAGGGAGAAGGAGCUAAAAUUAACGGACAUUCGUCUUGAAGCCCUCAGCUCUGCACACCAUCUGGAUCAGAUUCGGGAAGCCAUGAACCGCAUGCAGAAUGAAAUUGAGAUACUGAAAGCUGAAAAUGAUCGUUUAAAGGCAGAGACGGGAAAUACUGGGAAGCCUGCCCGACCAUCAUCAGAGUCAUCAAGCAGUACAUCAUCUUCUUCAUCACGACAGUCUCUAGGACUAUCUCUGAACAAUUUAAAUAUCACAGAAUCCGUUACAUCAGAUAUUUUGUUGGAUGAUGUCACUGAUGGAGCACUCCACAAAGAAGGUCAUAGUGUGAAAAUUUUGGUCACUAUAAACAAGGGCUAUAGUCGAGCCAAGGAUCAGAAACCACAUGCGUAUCUGAUAGGAUCAAUUGGAGUCAGUGGAAAAACAAAAUGGGAUGUUUUAGAUGGUGUAAUCAGACGUCUCUUUAAGGAAUAUAUUUUCCGAGUGGAUCCAACUACUAGCCUGGGUUUAAGCUCUGACUGCAUUGCUAGCUAUUGUAUAGGGGAUGUAAUUAGAGCCCAUAGCCUAGAAGUGCCUGAACUGCUGCCUUGUGGAUAUCUGGUUGGAGAUAAUAACAUCAUCACUGUGAACCUGAAAGGAGUGGAAGAAAACAGUUUGGACAGUUUUGUGUUUGACACAUUAAUUCCUAAGCCAAUUACCCAACGGUACUUUAAUUUACUGAUGGAGCAUCGCAGAAUUAUUCUGUCAGGACCCAGUGGCACAGGAAAGACCUAUUUAGCUAACAGGCUGGCUGAAUAUAUUAUAACUAAAUCUGGCAGAAAAAAAACUGAGGAUGCAAUCGCAACUUUUAACGUAGAUCACAAGUCAAGCAAGGAUCUGCGACAAUACCUAGCAAACCUAGCUGAGCAAUGCAGUGCUGACAACAAUGGUGCUGACCUCCCUGUCGUCAUAAUUCUUGAUAACCUCCACCACAUCAGUUCAUUAAGUGACAUCUUCAAUGGUUUCCUCAACUGUAAAUAUAAUAAAUGUCCCUAUAUUAUCGGAACCAUGAACCAGGGAGUUUCUUCUUCACCAAAUCUGGAGCUGCAUCACAAUUUCAGGUGGGUGCUGUGUGCUAAUCACACAGAGCCUGUUAAAGGUUUCUUAGGCAGAUAUCUGAGAAGGAAACUGAUUGAGACUGAAAUAGAAAAGAACAUACGCAAUAAUGAGCUCAUCAAAAUCAUUGACUGGAUCCCCAAAACAUGGCAUCAUCUCAACAGCUUCCUAGAAACGCACAGCUCUUCAGAUGUAACCAUUGGUCCCCGUCUCUUCCUCCCUUGCCCUAUGGAUGUGGAUGGCUCCAGAGUGUGGUUCACAGACCUCUGGAACUAUUCUCUGGUGCCAUAUCUUCUGGAAGCUGUGAGAGAAGGACUUCAGAUGUAUGGUAAGAGGGCACCCUGGGAGGAUCCCUCUAAGUGGGUAGCUGAUACCUAUCCAUGGAGCUCUGCAUCUCUACAGCAUGAGUGGCCAUCACUACUUCAGUUAAGACCCGAAGAUGUUGGUUAUGAAGGUUAUGCAUCAGCAAAGGAAGGGACAACCUCUAAGCAUGUUCCACAGACUGAUACAGAGGGGGAUCCCUUGAUGAAUAUGCUAAUGAGGCUUCAAGAGGCAGCCAACUAUUCGAGUGCACAAAGCUGUGACAGUGAUAGCACCAGCCACCAUGACGACAUUUUGGAUUCAUCCCUUGAAUCAACUCUCUGAAAGGGACAAAUCUUGGUGGAGGAUUAUGGUAAAAUCUGUUUCCACUAGACCACUGCCAGUAUUAAAGCAGCACGCUGAGGUCCCUGAGUGAGAAUGGUGUGUUGUAGGUAGGCAGGAGACCUAACUCUGCAAAGUCAGGAAGAAAAAUUGAAGUGGAAAGCUUGAAUUAGUUUAAUUUCAAGGCAUUUCAAUACCUAUGGAGUCAAGCAAGACUCCAUUUGUCAACUGGAAAGUGCCCUAGACCAAGGGCAUGUAAGCAGAUUGCACAUGUGUUAGCCAAACUGGAAUUUUUUUUUCCUUCUCCUCUUUCUGUCUCUCUGUCUCUGUUUCUCUGUACAAGUUUACAGUGAAACAUCUUUGGGUUUUAUUUCCUUUAGUUUACCCUGAGGCACUGCAUGAACAAUGCAGUCUUCUAAGUCUUUUCUAACUUCUGUUGUGCCACAUGGUGCUGGUCACAGGACAGCAGUGGUGUUUGUGUUAUACACUACUGCCUAUUCCAAAACGAGUCAAAGAUGAUAGUAUCUCAGAAAGCACAAACAGUAUUGUGCAAUCACCAGAAAACAUGACUGUGAUAUGCUGGAUAAGUGCCAAUUUAAUUCUAACUGCCAUGGUCACGGUGAUGCGCUCCAUCAAGUUUUUAGUACACAAGUCACAGAUUUUAUAAAGUUGUUUUUAUCACAAAGGUCUUUUUUAGCCACCUGCCCACUCCUUAACAACAGUUUUAUACCAAUUAUUAACCAACACUGAUUAAAGGCUUUUUAGGGCUUCAUUUGUUUGAGCCUUUUCAGUGAAAGAAGGAACAUUUCUUAUGGUGCUGUCUCACUGCCUUAAAAAAACAGAUUUCUAGAACAGUUUUACAGUUGGUUUAAUUCCUAAACCAUUGGUAAUUUACACUGUUUUUUUCUUCAUUUACUAAUAAGAAAACAUCAGUUAACAUAGCAGCCUCAUAUCUGUAUAUCAUGAUUUUUUAAAGUAAUGGAUACGAGAAAGAACAGUUGCUAUAUAAUAUUUUUAUCUUGUGAAUAGUUUGCUCUGCCUACCCUCAGAAAUACACAAGGAACCCAAACCCACUUCCACUGCCACUUAAAUGCUGACAAAAUUGGCUCAAAUCCAUUUGGUCCCACGGAAUGGAAUUUUUGGAGGAUAAAUGUUUUGAAUACUUAUCCAGCAGAGCUGGAUGCACUUGAUGCAGCAUGAGCACAAAUAUAUGGGGUUUUUUUUUUCCUUUUUCUAGUUUCAGCAUGUUGUUUUGAUUGCUAUUGUUGUACAUGAAGAAUUCAGCAUUAAAGAACACUGAAGCAGUGAUGUCCACUGUGGAAGAGGAAGAGUUUAUACUGUAAAAGUGGGUUGGUUUUGCACAGUCUACUGGGUGGGUAUUGUAAAUAU